UGCACUCGUAGCCAUUUUCAAUUUCUUUUCUACCGGAAGUAGCACAUGUUUUUGUUGUCAACAUUCGGGUGAUGUCGAACUCGGAGACAGAGACAAAAGUUGAAGAGGCAUGUAAAUAUCCGGCGGUCGCUAUGUAUGGUCCAUGCACCGUCUCUGAUCUAAAACAGGGAGAUGUCCGACUCUGGUGUGCUUGUGGCCUGAGCAAAAAACAACCCUGGUGUGAUGGGUCUCACAAAGGCACAGGAAUAAAGCCACUGAGGUGGAAAGUGUCAAAAGAACAGAGACUUUUCCAGAUAUGUGCCUGUAAGUACACCAAAGACCCACCCUUCUGUGAUGCCACACACACAAAUCUACCCUGUCAAGUGUUACAGCGACAGGAAGUGUGUCCACGGCAACAAGACAAUCACAAUAGCAACAGUAAACUGUGUACAGGAUGUGGCUGGGUUCCAGAUUUUUGAUUGAUUUAUACCUCAUACUCUUCUCUGUGAUAUUAUUAUAUUAAUGUUAUACAUGUAGUUUGUCAUGCAUGCCAAACCAUAUAAAGCUAGUUUUUUACAUAAACUUGUUGUC